UGUCAUGCCUUUAAACUUCUGCGGUUAAAUGUUUAGAAUAAAUACGGCUAUAUAAUUAAAAAACUCAUCUGUGUACCCCAUAUGAACGAAUAUUCGGUGAAUUGAUAUGUCUGACGAUGUAAAUGGUAUUCAAACAUAUAAACAGACUAUUCCUGGAAAGGAGAUUGGAAUUUGAAUUGAGAUAAUUUCCUUGAAUUGCCAUGCGUUCAUUUCUGAGGUCAAAUGGUUCAAAGAAUACAAACAGCUCGAACGAGAAGGAAAUCUACAUGACUUGUGAACCCAUCAAGAAAGGAAGUUAAGUGUCUUACGGUUUAGGUUUUCCGAUAUAAAUAGCAUGUAAACAGAAGGUUGAUGCACUACGAAAAACUAUUCUUGGCUGUAACAUAAAAGCCUAUGAAGCAGUAAAGGUGGAAUGGUUAUAUUUACCUUCUGGGCGCUGUGUUGCUCUUUUUGUGUACCCUACUUAUCUCAAUAUGCCUGGACACUGUGAUUGGACAAAAAUACAGUAUCUACUGAACACAUUUUUCCAAGCUGAAUGAUGAAUCAGAUUUGUUACACAAGUUGAUAAAUGAACAUGGAGGAAGCUUCGAACUCUAUCCCAAGACGAAGUGAAAAAGAUACAGGAUGGGCAUGGAUUAUAUCACUUGGAGCGACAUUACACGUUUUUAUUCUUAUUGGUACAGCAAAAUCAUUUGGGUUAUUUUUUGUUGAAUUUCUAUGGUUCUACGACACCAACUCGUCAAUUUUGUCUGGAAUGCUGGCUGCACAAACGCUUACAGUAAGCUUGUCAUCAUUGUUUGUGUUAAACAUUGGUUCUAAACUUCUAGGAAAUAGGAAGUUGAUAAUAAUUGGAGGUUUUAUAUCUUUCUCGGGCUAUCUGCUGAGUGCUUUCUCUCCAAACAUUGGGGUGUUGGUGUUGUCACAAAGCGUACUAUAUGGUGUUGGAUGCGCAUGCACAACAGGACCAGUGUUUGUUGUACUGAACUACUACUUCGAGAAACAUCUAGGAUUUGCUAAUAGUUUUGCCUACGUGGGAGGGAGUGUUGGGAGUCUUGCAUGGCCUGUGAUUAUAAGGAAACUUUUAGAUAAUUAUGGUUUACAAGGAGCUUUGUUAGUUGUAUCUGGUCUUAUUUUAAACAAUAUAAUCGUUGGAGCUUUGAUGCGUCCUUUUUUAUCGGAACCUGUCGUUGAAAAACAGGAUGUCGAUUCUGAAAGUGAGGCUGACAUAAUAAUAACCAAAAGGAAUUGGUUAAAAGACGAAAUUUCCAUUUCACUCGAUAAUGUCCCAGGAUACUUUUCCAGACAAAAAUAUCAGGUUGAGGACCAAGAACCCUUUAUGGACCUAAUUGAUAAAAGAGUGGACAUUAAGAGAAGCCUUUCGUACAACUUCUUUUUGGAUAAAAAAGAAAAUGAAAAGACUAAAAUUAAAAUACCUGAGAAAUCAGACUAUUUGGUCGAGCGUUUUACGGGUAGCAACAUUAAUAUUGAUGGUAGUUUGGGAACACCUGAGACAUUUUGGACUACACACAUAUGUAGCUUGAGAUCUUUGCCACAACAUACACCAGAGGAAAGUUCUACUGAAAGUAAUAAAAACAAGUCUGAAUUUUGUUUCAAUCAAUAUAUCAUAGAUAUGACCGUUCUUCGGAAUCGUAAAUUACAGCUUUUUCUGUUUGUGUCAUUUUUUUCAUUUUGCGGAAGUGGCAUGAUUAUAACAUUCAUUCCACCUUUUGCCAGAGAUAAUGGUAUAUCUAAUGACAGAAUAACAAUUUUAAUUACAAUAAUUGGUGGGUGUGACCUUUUUGCACGAUUUACAUUAGCUUGGAUAACCGAUUCACAAAAAAUUAGACGUCACCAUAUAAUGGGAUUUUGUUUAGGAAUUACUGGUGUUGCUUCCAUGUUAAAUCCGUUGUAUACAAAUUUUACAGCUUUCAUAGGAUAUUCUGUUAUUUAUGGACUGUUUGGAAGCAUUUAUUUUUCUAUGUCAAUUCUAGUACUCAGGGACUGUGUAGGUGCUGAGAAUAUUUCAGCAGCUAUAUCUUUAAUGAUUACAAUUCAGGGUUUGUCAUCGAUAAUAAUUGCACCUUCAGUUGGUUUUAUCCGUGAUACAACCGGAUCAUAUGCAGGGUCGUUUUUUCUAAUGGGUUCCGGUCUGAUUCUUGGAUCUGUUGGUAUAUUCUGUCAGCCAUUAGUCAAUUAAAGACACAAAAUUACUGGAUCAAACAUGUAAUAAUGUUGUAAUAAUUUUACUUAUGUCUGGGACGGUAUAGAUAUAAAUAUCAGUGGUGUA